GUAAUCCCUAAAACCCCAGUCCCGACUGAAAACAAACCCAAAACAAAACCCUACCUCUUCCAGUCAAGCGGCGACGGAGUGCUCACCCUCGGCGGCGACCAAUCGCAGCGAUCUUCUCCGGCGGCAAUCCCUCUCAUCUCCAGAAUGAGUUCCUCCGAUUCGAAAAAUUCAAGAAAGGAUUUUGUGUGGAAGUAUGUGAUUGAAGUUUCUGGAGAGCAAUAUUUAAGAUGUAAAUUUUGCAAUCAAAGAUGUAUGGGAGGGGUGAAUAGACUAAAGCAUCACUUAGCCGGAACUCAUCAUGGUAUGAAACCAUGCAACAAAGUUAGUGAAGAUGCUAGAUUGGAAUGUAAAGAGGCAUUGGCUAAUUUUAAGGAUAAAAAAACGAAGAGAAAUGAAUUGCUCCAAGAAAUUGGUAUGGGUCCAACUUCAAUGCAUGAAAGUGCCUUAUCUAAAACAAUAGGGACAUUAGGGAGUGGGAGUGGGAGUGUAAGUGGGAGUGGGGAACCUAUUCCUAGGGGACCCAUGGAUAAAUUUACCACUUCACAACCUAGACAAAGUACGUUGAAUUCAAAGUGGAAGCAAGAAGAAAGGAAGGAAGUGUGUAGAAAAAUUGGUAGGUUUAUGUAUUCAAAAGGUCUCCCAUUCAACACUGUGAAUGAUCCUUAUUGGUUUCCUAUGAUAGAUGUUGUUGCAAACUUUGGGCCCGGGUUUAAGCCUUCAUCUAUGCACGAAUUGAGGACAUGGAUUCUUAAAGAAGAGGUGAAUGACCUAAGUAUCAUUAUGGAAGAUCACAAAAAAGCUUGGAAACAAUAUGGAUGUUCAAUUAUGUCAGAUGGUUGGACAAAUGGAAAAAAAAUUGGAGAGGAGAAUGUUGUGCAAGUCAUCACUGAUAAUGCCUUUAAUUAUGUGAAUGCUGGAAUGAGGCUUAUGGAAAAAAGGAGUAGAUUGUAG